UGUGCGAUGACAUUGAUGAUCUUAGGCUUGAGGCUGACCAAUGACAAACUGGCUCCGCCCCAUAAAAUCUCGCAUCACUCUGCUGCCGUACCGAGGUCAUCGACGAUCAUCAUUCUGCUGACAGCAAUAUGGACAGCUCCGAGGGAAGACGACCAAAAUGCGCGCGAUGUAGGAACCAUGGUGUUAUAUCAUGGUUGAAGGGUCACAAAAAACGGUGUUCUUACAAAGAAUGCGUGUGUCCGAAGUGCAAUCUUAUUGCUGAAAGACAACGGGUCAUGGCGGCUCAAGUCGCAUUAAAAAGACAACAAGCAGCGGAGGAUGCUAUUGCAUUGGGAUUGGCUUCGGUUACUUCCGGAACUAAAUACGGAUGCUUACCACAAGGUCCCAUAUUUGGUAUGACUGUUCCCACAUCCAAGUCUCCUGUCGCAAAAGAAGAAACUGCUCGACCUGAAGAAAAUUCCACAGCGAAUGAACAGUUAUCAGAUGGGGCCAAGGGAGUUGUACCACCGGGUUCUCUCGAUUUGCUUUGUCGGUUAUUUCCAGAGAAAAAGCGAUCGGUCCUGGAAUUGGUACUUCGUAGAUGUGAACAUGAUUUAUUGAAAGCUAUAGAGCAUUGUGUACCCUUAUGCAAGUCUUUGGCAGCCACCACGAAAUCUCGGAAGACCAGCACAGACAAUGUUGAUACACCUCUGCAGACUACUACUCUUGGAUCCGCAUUUAUGCCUUGGGGUUUACAUCGUGAACCACCAGUGGCUCAUCAAAACGCUCGGAGGCAGCUGGCCACUAGAUUGACUUAUCAUGUACCCGAACCGACUACUACGUUGUUUCAUCACUUUAGGACCCAAUCUACUGGAGUUUCAUGUGGACCGCCUUUUUAUUUGCCACCGUUCUUGCUAGAAUCAGCUGAAUCAUGUCAUGUAGCCAACUGCGCUGAAUGUGCAUCAGCUGCAGCACAACAGAUAUGAAAUAUUUGAAAUCAUCAUUACUGUUAAUAUAUUUAACUAAAAUGUAUAAA